CACAAACCAAGAUGGCGGCGGAGCGGACAGCCGGCUCGGCACAGUGACUGACAGACAGACCAGAAACCUCGCUCGGCUGGAGAGCUAACGGUUAAACUCUUGAGACAAACAAUAAAUAAAAACGCCCGUCACUUCACCUUUUGUUUUUUUCCCACCCGGUAACGACAGUGGUGUGAUGAAACUGCACCGGUAGACGACACCGGGGGAAGUUGUGUGUGUGUGUGUGAGGACUAAAUUGACGUCCACAAGCGGGCAGCCGGCGGGGAUGGGAGAUGAUGGAGGACAAAGGCCCUCGUGUAGCCGACUACUUUGUGGUGGCCGGUCUGACAGACUGUUCCAAGCCGUUGGACCAAGAGAUCCACUUCGACGACGUCUGCCACAAGACGGCCAAGCCGAAGGCGCCCAUCACGGAUGUGGCCGUAGUGAUCCGCUCGACGGGCGAGGAGGUGCCGCCAGGGUUCACCUGCGUAGAGGAAACGCCAACAGGCCACUCCGCUGAUCUUAACAAUGGCGGCCUCAUGGCACCCCAGAUCUUCCUGUGCUACAGGAGAGGUCGAGACAAGCCGCCACUCACUGACCUGGGCGUGCUGUAUGAGUGGAAGGAGCGGCUGAAGCAGGGCUGUCACCUCAUCCAGACCACACCCUCCGGUCGCCCAGCCAACAUCAGCGGCAAUUCCUCCCAGCGCAUCUACGUCACCUACCGACGGGCGCCCGAGAGCCAGCCGCACACCGCCCUCGCCGUCACGGACAUCUGCAUCAUCAUCCCGAGCAAGGGCGAGACUCCCCCGCACACCUUCUGCAAGGUGGAGAAGAAUCUCAACAGCAGCAUGUGGGGCUCCUCGGUCUACCUGUGUUAUAAGAAGUCUGUGGCCAAAACCAACACCAUAGCCUACAAAGCAGGUUUAUUCAGCAGAUAUCCAGAGGAGGACUAUGAGUCAUUCCCACUACCAGAGUCUGUCCCUCUCUUCUGCCUUCCCAUGGGGGCCACAAUCGAGUGCUGGCCAGCUAACACCAAAUACUCCCUCCCUGUUUUUUCCACCUUUGUCCUCACCGGAGCCUCCGGAGAGAAGGUCUACGGUGCUGCCAUUCAGUUCUAUGAGCCCUUCCCGCAGGAGUGUCUGACUGAUGAGCAGUCCUCCCAGCUAGGUCUCUUGAGCCCCGAUCCACCCAAACCCUCCUCCAACUGUAAGGGGACAGCCGCCAGCAGCGCCACUAACAGCACCACCACAACAACCCCACGCUUGGUCUUCACCAACAAGUGUAUCUGUCUGCUUUCCCACUGGCCCUUCUUUGACGCUUUCCGCAAGUUCCUCACAUUCCUUUAUCGCUACUCUAUCUCCGGCCCUCACGCUCUGCCCAUCGAGAAGCACAUCUCUCAUUUUAUGCACAAAGUUCCCUUCCCUUCCUCUCAGAGGCCUCGCAUCCUGGUGCAGCUUUCCCCUCAUGACAGCCUGAUGUUGAGCCAGCCAGUGUUUUCUCCUUUACCGCUCAGUGGCGGUCGGUUUUCCAUGCUGCUCCAGAAUCUCGGACCAGAGAACGCCGUCACCUUGCUGGUGUUUGCCGUCACCGAACACAAGAUCCUGGUCCACUCGCUACGACCCGCCGUACUGACCAGCGUCACUGAAGCGCUGGUGUCUAUGAUCUUCCCGUUCCACUGGCCGUGCCCGUAUAUUCCUCUGUGCCCCCUGGCGUUGGCUGACGUGUUGAGCGCCCCUUGUCCAUUCAUUGUAGGAGUGGACUCCCGCUACUUUGAUCUUUAUGACCCCCCACCAGACGUGAGCUGCGUGGACCUGGACACAAACACCAUCUUCCACAAUGAAGAUAAGCGAGCCCUCACAUGGAAGAUCUUGCCAAAGAAAGCCUGUAAAAACCUGAUGAAUGUGCUGAGCAAUCUUUACCAGCAGCUGGUUGACGGUCAGCAGCGGCCUGAUGGGCUGAUGGAGCUGAGCAUGAGUGAAUCGUCAGAGCUGAGCUGUGGGAAGAGCCUCCACGCCCUGGAGCUGGAGAUCCAGGAAGCCUUCCUGCGCUUCAUGGCGGCUAUUUUAAAAGGCUACCGCUCAUUCUUACGACCCAUCACCCAGGCGCCCUCUGAGAAAGCCACAGACGCCAGUUCGCUCUUUGACUUGCAAGGGUUCUUGAAGAGCCGCGACCGAUCACAUCAGAAGUUCUACUCGCUGAUGACCAAAACCCAGAUGUUCAUCCGCUUUAUUGAGGAAUGCUCCUUCGUCAGCGACAAAGAUGCCAGUCUGGCAUUCUUCGACGACUGUGUGGACAAACUCUACAGUUCAGAGCGGAGUGCAGACAAAGGAGGCAAGGUGGACGGUGACAGGCCGGAGGAGGCCAGGCUGAUAGAGAUUGAUGAAUCUCAGCGCAGUGAGCACACAGUCUUCAUCACACCUCCAGAGCUGCCUCCUCUGCCUGAGGGGGAGGAAUAUCCACUCUGCUACAGGUACGAUGGUUUCCCAGUGUUAAGUCUUGACCUGUUUGACCCUGUGGAUGGCCUGCGGACCCCUUCCUCCCGCCUCGCUGCCAGGCACAGCUGUCCCACCAGCCCUGCCCCCAUGUUUAGACGCACCAAGCAGGAGAUCAAAACAGCCCAGAAGAUAGCCAAGAAGUACUCGUCCAUCCCCCAGCUGUGGUCCAAGUGCCUCCUCCGUCACUGCUACGGCCUGUGGUUCAUCUGUCUGCCAGCAUACGUGAAGGUGUGUCACUCCAAGGUGCGGGCGCUUCGCACCGCCUACGACGUCCUCAGGAAGAUGCAGGCAAAGAAACUGCAGCCCCCCGACGAGGUCUGCUACCGGGUGCUGAUGCAGCUGUGUGGACAGUAUGGCCAACCCGUCCUGGCAGUCAGGGUCCUCUUUGAGAUGAAGAAGGCCGGAGUCCACCCCAAUGCCAUCACCUACGGCUACUACAACAAGGCGGUGUUGGAGAGCACGUGGCCCUCCAGCACCAGAGGAGGAUACUUCCUGUGGAUGAAGCUGAGAAAUGUCGUCCUGGGCGUGGCACAGUUCAAACAGGUGCUACGGCGACAUGCUCCCCUCACACAGAGCCCUCUGUCAGAUGGCAGUGACCUGGACGCUCUGAGUCACGGCAGCCUGGAUAGCUCUGCCGACACUAACCUGGCCGAGCAGGGCCCCUACGCCAAAGUAGAGCCCACUGACGAUAGAUCUAGCACAGGGGAUCAGUCAGAUUUGGGUUAUAACUCGCUGUCCAAAGAGGAGGUUCGGAGAGGAGACCCCAGUGCUCAGGACGCCGCCCCUGACAAAGAUGACAAGAAGGAGAGCGACUGCAGCUCCUUGUCAGAGACAGAGAGUGCCAAGGGGAGUAAAGACUGCCUCCCUCAGCUGGACAUGGAGAUCCAUUCCUCCUUCAAACCCCGCGGUAUUGUUCGCAGCAGCUGUCCAUAUAACGAUUCAUCCUGUAAACCCAAGAGCUCCGCCAGCGCAGGGCACGUUGCAGGUCUCCUCUUCACUUCCUCCCUGGAGGAGAUUGGUGAGGUCCAUGCCAACAGUUUGCUCAGGAGACAUAAGAGUGCUCUGGAGGAGGUGGUGGGCAGCGCCAGCAGCGGCACGGCUCUGGACUGGCAGGGCGUGAGGGCCCGCCGGCUGAGCGGCGACACGGUGGGCAGCAGCGGCAGUGGCACCACUGUCCUUGGCCUGGGUAUGAGCCAGGGCGAAACCGACCCCGAUAAGAUUGCGGGACACCUGGGCGCGGAUGUCAAAAUUCUCUCUUGUGCCAACUUCAGUAAGAGUAGGAGGCCUCGUUCGCUGGCUCUGGGUGGGUUAGAGGGGGCAGGUGCUGCCAGAAGUUGUGACCACAGGGAGGAGGAGGAGGAGGAGGAAGAGGAAGAGGAGACGGAGGGACAGGACUCCAGUGAUGAGGACAGAAGUAAUACAGAGGCCAUUUUUGAUUUGGAGGACAUCGAUUUAGACAAGCCUGCCACAGGGGCUGGCUUCAGCUCCCACAAAUCCAACAAAUAUAAUAAGAAACCUGUCAAGCGCAGCGUCAGCUACAGUGGCAUGAGCACGGUGACGUCCAGAGGAGCAGUGAAGCGCACAGACAUACAGACGGGCUACGACCCUCUAUCCCUGCUGGCGGCAGAGUCCCAGUCCGAGCAGCAGACUGAGGACCAGUACCCAGACGGGGACGAGGACAGCACGCCGAGCGCCCGUAGAGACCUAGCUAGAGAGAUCGAGCUCUACAUGAACCACAUGGGCAGCCCGCUGAGUAGCCGCGCACCCAGUCUGGACCUGCAGGACCCGGCCAGCCCCCUCCUCCUCCACCCCUCCUCGCUCUCUGCCCCCCGCAGAGCCAGCCUGCCCUACAGCUCCCCCCUCAGGACCGCCGGAGUACCCCGCUCCCGCACCUUCCACCCGCCCUCUCCCUCCCAGCCUGUCGCACGCCAGCGUCUAUUGUCGUCGCCCUCCUGUCGCAGCUCAAGCACCACCCCCAGCGCCAGCCCUCGACCCAGCCCCUACAGGGAGAGGACAGACAGGAUGAGCCUGGCGUCGCCUUCGCCGUCCUCGUCCUCUUUCGCUCUGGACACUCUGCUCACACCAACGCUCGACGUAUUCAAGACCAGCAUGUUCUCUGCUGGGAAGGGCGUGGCAGAGAAGGCAAGCCGCUGGUACUCCCGUCUCGCCACAUACACCACACCAACCAAGGACGGUCACAGUGACCGUGUGAGUGUGUCCUCCCUCGGUGUUGGAGAUCCAGACUGCUCCUCCCUGCUGGAUGAGGAGGACUGUGGGCAGUCAGAGGGCUCCGUGAUCUCUCCACAGAGGAAUGGCCCUGCGGGGCCCCGCAGGAGCCCCAGACGCAGCAGACUGGACAGCCCCUCUGCAGGCUCCAGCCUUGGGAGGCCCACAUCUCUGCUCCCUGGAUGUGUCCUCUCGCCUCCCGGCUUCCCUCUGCCAGAUAAGUCGGACCUCGGCUCUUCGCGCUACACCAGCAACACCAGCAUCUUCAACAACUACGCCAUGGAGCUGCUGAUCUCCAGCUGUUCUCGCUGUAAGACGUGCGACUGCCUCGUGUACGAUGAGGAGAUCAUGGCUGGCUGGACCGCAGACGACUCCAACCUGAACACCACCUGCCCCUUCUGUGGAAACCCCUUCCUGCCCUUCCUCAACGUGGAGAUCAGGGACAUGCGAGGACCCGGCAGGCUUUUCCUGAAAGGCAGCCCGUCGGUGGAUGAGGCGAUGACCUCGUCAUACUCCGCCUCCACAGGUUUGGACACGGGGACGUCCACCUUGUCCACCCCCUGUCCUACAACAGCUGUCUUCCCUCCCUCCCCUGUGAUUGCUGUCCAGGAGUGCUCAGGGAGUGAAUGGGCUCGAUCAACCAGAGCUCAAGGUAUCAACAUCCCCUCGGAGCACAGGAAGGGGGCGCUGCCCCCCGGAGCGCCCAUGGCCCGCAGCGUCAGCGCCUUUGGUCCUCUGGACGAAGCAUCCCGACUCGACCGCUGUGUGCCGACGUCAGGCAGCCUGCCCAGUCGUCUCAAUCAGACCACGGAGCCGCUGAGCAUGGAUUGGCGGCUCCACAACCCUGAGCCGGUGACGGUUCCCUACCUGAGCCCGCUGGUGCUGUGGAAGGAGCUGGAGAGUCUGCUGGAGAACGAGGGCGACCCGGUGAUCACAGAGGCCGACAUGGUGGACCAUCAUCCCAUCAUCUACUGGAACCUGGUCUGGUACUUCAGACGGCUGGACCUGCCCAGCAACUUGCCCGGUCUCAUGCUCACAUCUGACCACUGCAACAGAGACUCCCAGGUCCCUCGUCCCUGGAUGUCGGAGGACAGUAAACACGUGUUGAUCCAGAUCCUGUGGGACAACCUCAAGCUGCACCAGGACUCGAUCCAGCCUCUCUACAUCCUGUGGAACACAUACAAUGUGGGUUACCCUCUGUCCCGGCCGGUCCCGGAGGAGGAGAAGCCGUUCAGCGAGGAGUUGCUGCAGAGCGUGGUGAAGAGCAUCCAGAGGAACGACGUCAGCCGGCCGAUGGCUCAGCUGCUGCAGCUGCUGGCUCAGACGCUCGGAGUCAAAAGGCAGAGGAGUUUGUACAGAGACGUCCUCUUCCUCUCUCUGGUGGCUCUGGGGAAAGAUAACAUUGAUGUUGACGCCUUCGAUCGGGAGUACAAGUUGGCGUACGACCGCCUGGUGCCGAGCCUGGUGAAGCUGACCAAUAACUGUGACCGUCCUCCCAGCGCCGGGGUCAUGGAGUGCCGCAGGACGUUUGGAGAGCCUUACCUGUGAAACUCUCGCCUUCGCACAAACCAGGAUCAACUAUCACCGCCUCCCCUUCCCCCCCCACGUCAUCGCUUUAAGACGAGCUCAGGAAACCUGUUGGAAGACUGUGAAUGUUUUUGAGAAAACUCAUGCAAGUGAUCAUGAACAGGUACAGUGGACGGCGUUCAGCGUUACGUAGCCUGAAAAAAAAAAAAAAAGAGCCCUACAGACACUCACACCGUUCAUAAACACGUUUCUUUGGAAGUCCUGUGGAAGUUAUACUGUACAUACACAGCAGUAGAGGAUCUUUUUUUAAAUGCAACAUUUCUAUUGUAUAGUCAAACAGCAAAUGAAGACUAAUAUUAGCAAUAUUUUAACUUGAAAACUCUAUUUAUACAAAGUAAGCUUUAUUUAUUGUAGUGUCUUUACGUCGGCGUUUAGUGUUUUAUCGUUGUCGCCGGGCGUUUGCCGUCUCGCAGUUUCAACCGGAGCGCCCGAAAACACAAUGUUGUAGUACGGAUUUUAGUGUCUGUUGUAAAAGAUGUCUAGGUUUUGUGUGCUUUAUGAGUCAGAGCAUCAAACACACAAAAAAAGGUUUAAAUUAGAGCUGCAAUGAUCAGUAAAUCCACAAAAAAAAAAAUGUAUUCAAGGUUUUGGACUGUUGGACUGAAAAUGAUGACAUGCUUUAUGAGUUGACAAAAUAAUCAGCAGAUUGACCAAAUGUCAUUAGUUGCAGCCCUAAUUUAAAUGUUUAAAACCACUUUUGAACGCUGCCUUUAAUCUUGAAUGUUAGUGCAGAAUCUGAAGCUAAAUGUCCGCUGUACUGCCACAACCAUUAACUACAACGCUUUAUAUUUCAUUCAAGUUUUGUUCCUAAACUGAAUAUUUUUAGUGCGUUUACAAAACUUGUUUUUGAACUUUAAAAAAAAAAAAAAAAAAGUUAUCGUUCAAACGAUGACGAAAUAUUUACCUUGCUUCAUCAGUGGAGCGCUGCGUACUAAACGUGCCGACUCACUACAGCGUGAACGCUUUGUCCUAAAUAUACGGAACCAAAUAAGAUGCCAGCCCAGUCACUUUUCUGUACGUAGUCACUGUCGAAAAACACCGUUUGUGAUUUAAUGUUUUGGCAGCCAUAUUGGAGGUUUAAAGUUCUUUUUACAAGAAGCCUGUUGCAUCUCUUAAAACAAAAAUUCUGGUAUAUUGCAACUUGGGAUUUUUAAUUUCGUAAUGUUAUCCUUCAAUUCUGUCAGCGACUAUAACAUUGUACUCGCCAAAAUAAUAGCUCACGGCGCUACAACAAAGUCUGACAGGACAAGAAACUUUUUGUUUUGGGGCAUUUCUGCCUUUAUUCGAUAGGAAAGCUGAGACAUGAGAGGGGGGGAGAGACACGCAGGAAA